UAUGUAGAAGGAUCCUCGUGUCUUACUACUAGACAUGUGAAGGGAAAAUAAACUUACAGGUGAAUGGGGCAAAAUGACCAGACAGAAGGAGGUGAAAGUAAAGGUGGGCCUCUCAGGCCCCCCGCCCAUGAAAAGUGGCUACCAAUAUGUCAACCCAGGACAGGAGGAUCAAAUGGAGAUCGGUGGUUACCGCCCCAGUCUGUUGAGGAAGAUGCUGGUCUGGUUCUUCAUCCUCAUCACUGCUGGUCUUCUUCGCCUCUUCUUUUACUGGUUCCAUCAUCUCUUCAUCAAGUGUACACACACAAAGUGCUCAUUAGCAGAAGCCAAAGUUGUCAUACUAAGGGACCAGUAUCUUCAGUGGUUUGUAUCCCGAGUCAAAGUUACCAGUAAAAAUGGACAACUUCCAAACAGUGGUACUAAGGAGGGUGUGACGGGAAUUACCUUCAGCAAGAGUACCUAUGACAGCAACACUCCUCUCAGAAUGGGGGACACGAAGACAUCUGCAGAUCAUGAUUCCGAGGGACAACUGUCAGCGUUUGAUCGAGUUUUAGAAUUGAAUCGAAGCAUGAUCCGCUAUUUCAUUACCAAAAAAGUCAAGUACAUCUGGGACAGUGAUUCUCAAACAUUUAAAAAAUUAGAAGGUUUAGAUAAAAACACAAAGUGUUCUUAUUUCCAUGGCUGCAAAGGACUGAACUAUGCUCAACAACAAGAAAGAAUGACAAUGUUUGGUUCCAAUUCCAUUCAGAUUCAUGUUACCCCAAUCAUCAGACUCCUUUUUAAAGAGGUGCUGUCCCCUUUCUACAUCUUCCAGUUGUUCAGCUGUGGGAUUUGGUUUGCAGAUGAAUAUUACUACUAUGCCAGCUGUAUAGUUGUCAUUUCUGUUGUUUCCAUAACUGUCACCAUUUACCAAACCAGGAAGAUGCAAAGGGCUUUAAGAAACACCAUAGAAUCAUCCACCAUUGUAACUAAACUGACUGGAGAUACGUACCAGGACAUUUGCUCCGAUGAUCUUGUUCCUGGGGAUAUUAUCUCAAUCCCACGGAAUGGCUGUAUCAUGCAAUGUGAUGCAGUGCUUCUGACAGGAAAUUGUAUUGUUAACGAGAGCAUGCUCACAGGAGAGAGUGUACCAGUGACUAAAACUCCUCUACCUAACCCUAAAUUGUCUAAGUCUCAGGAGGAUAUUCUCUUUAACCUGAAGGACCACUCUAAGCACGUUCUCUUCUGUGGUACACACGUACUACAGACCCGGUUCUACGGCUCUCACCAGGUCAAGGCCGUAGUCCUGAGGACAGGUUUUUCAACGGCAAAAGGAGAAUUGGUGCGCUCAAUCUUAUAUCCCAAACCUGUGGAUUUUAAAUUCAACAGGGACACAUACAUAUUUGUGGCCAUACUAGCAGGAAUUGCUGGAAUCGGAUUCAUUUACACAGUGGUGUUGAUGGUACAAGACUCUGAACUCUUUGAAGAUAUCUUCCUUCGUUCUAUGGAUUUGAUCACCAUUGCUGUACCCCCGGCCCUGCCAGCUGCCCUUACUAUCGGGAUUGUGUUUGCACAGAGUCGUCUCAAGAAAAGUCAGAUUUACUGCAUCAGCCCACAUAGUAUCAACAUCAGCGGUACCAUCAAUGUUGUAUGCUUUGAUAAGACAGGCACACUGACAGAGGAUGGAUUAAACAUGCAGAGUGUUGUCCCCGUACAAGAUGGCUGUUUUACCGAGGAGGUCCAUGAUAUAAAGCUCCUCCCACCUAAACAGAGCCUGCUUCUGAACGCCAUGGCAACCUGUCAUUCCCUGACGAUGAUUGACGGGGUCCUCAGUGGGGAUCCUUUAGAUCUCAUCAUGUUUGAGGCCACAAACUGGAAUCUAGAGGAGCCGGGAGAGGAGGAAGCUAGUAGAUAUGAUAUGAUUGUCCCCACCAUAGUCCGACCCAAGGCGGUCAAGGACAACCAGGAGCUCUUUGAUGAACAGUUCAAGCCAAAAUAUGAGGAGAUAGCCAUCAUGAGGCAGUUUACUUUUGCCUCCAGUCUACAGAGAAUGUCUGUCAUAACACGGAAAUUAGGAGCCCCGAACUUUGAACUCUACACAAAAGGGGCCCCAGAAAUGAUUGCUUCCCUGUCUAAACCCGAAACAGUGCCAAGCAAUUUUCACAAGUUCUUAAUCAAUUACACGAAACAUGGUUACAGAGUUCUUGCCCUUGCAUACAGAUCCCUUCCAACAAAAUUAAAGUAUGCAAAGUUACAGAGAAUUCAGAGAGAGCAAGUGGAAAGAAAUCUGACUUUCCUGGGAUUCCUGGUGCUGGAGAAUCGACUGAAGCCAGAAACCACCCCUAUCAUACACAAACUCUUAGAUGCUGACAUCAGGACUGUCAUGGUCACAGGUGACAACAUGUUGACAGCCUUAAGUGUGGCCCGAGAAUGUGGAAUGGUCAGUGAACAUCAGAAAAUCAUUUUAGUCCAAGCGUUUCCAGGGAUGCCCGGUAAAAAUGACCCCUGGCUGGAGUACAUGUACACCGAAGAUCCUGAGGACCACAGUCAGGGGAAGUCUACCGAGACAAGAUUGACCAUGCCUAAUGGAGAUUUCACUGAUCCUCACUUUCACUUUGCUAUGGAUGGAAAAUCAUGGGCUAUUGUCAGAAAUCACUUUCCAUUACUUCUGCAAAAAAUCUGCACCAGAGGCACAGUGUUUGCCAGAAUGUCGCCCGAAAAGAAAUCUCAGCUGAUUGAAGUUCUACAGGAACUGGGAUACUUUGUGGGUAUGUGUGGGGAUGGGGUUAAUGACUGUGGAGCCCAAGACAGCUCAUGCUGUUACAUCUUUAAGUAUAUGGCCUGCUACAGUUUGACUCAGUUUGUCUCAGUGUUAAUUCUCUAUUGGAUAUUUGCCAACCUAACGGACUUUGAGUUCCUUUAUAUAGAUUUAUUCCUGCUAACAUCCCUCAGUGUUACAUUUGGAUACACUAAUGCCUAUGACCAGCUGUCUAAGGAUCCACCCCUGGUCAGUCUGUUUAGUGUCUCCCCUGUUUUAUCCAUUAUCCUCCACAUGGUGGUCCAAACAGCUGCUCAGGUCUUCUGCUAUUUUCAUGUAAUGGAGCAGCCAUGGUUUGUUAAAUACCAUAAAAAUGAGGAUGAUGACUACACCAGCUAUGAGAACAUGGCUGUUUUUGUUGUGUCCAUGUAUCAGUACAUCACUCUGGCAGUAGUGUUCUCUAAAGGAAAACCUUAUCGAAAAACCAUAUUCUCAAACUAUUUUUUUAUGGCUAAUUUGGCCAUUUGUAUUGGAAUGUCAUUAUGGCUGACUAUCUAUCCUACUGAUGAGGUAGCGGAAUUCUUUGAACUGAAGCCAGCUCCUUCAAUUCCCUACAGAUGUAUCUACCUAGGAAUUGCAGCCAUCAACUUCUUCUUAGAUUAUCUUGUUGAGACAUUCAUCAUUGAAAGCUAUUUUGUGCAAGAGCGUUUGCAGUGCUGGAUUGAGGACAUUUUCUCCACCUCCAAGUAUCAGUAUGAAAUCUUGGAAGAGGAAAUCAGCAGGGACAAGUCCUGGCCCAAUAUAUCCUCUGCAGAGACACUGGCUCAGGCCUUUGAGCGACUGGACAGUCAGCAGGCUCGAGACUUUGACCAGAGCAGUCUGCUGAGCAGCUUACUAGACUCGGCGAGCGAGACACAGAGUAUUCGAUCGUUGAGAUCAGUGGAGUUAGACCCCUCUCACAGUGACGCCGUGCUCCAAAGGGAGACCUCCAAUGUCAGUGAUGGUUACCAUGUGGACAUUGAUGAUGAAUCACAGUUAAUUAAGCAAGACCCUCCUCCUCAAGGUGUGGAUAAUCCAGCACUGGACAUCGAGGAAGAAGAAGUGUCCAGUACAGUGGGAUUAUAACCAUUACCACCCAUCUCACAUAAAAUCCUAGUGCAAUGUGAUGAAAUUUCAGUAUGUGACUAUUGACAACAGCACACUGACAAUAGAGUGUAGUGUGGUGCUUAGUUUAUGACCAUCCAUCACAUACUGAUUAAAGCGUAGAAUAUCAUGAGUGAUCAAACAGUCAUACUUAUUUCAUUAUAUUUAUUAUAUCAGUAGAUUUGUACCUUCUCUUCCUCUUUCUUAUACAACACUUGAUUAGCAGGGGGUAUAUAGAGAUGCAGAUGUCUGCUCUUUCAUAACAAUUAGGGGUACCCAUCUCUUAUUCCAAACUCCUCUUUUAAAAGUUAAUAAAAUUUAAUCAGACUUUCA